AUGGAAGUCGGGAGCAUAGCACAAGGCACUAUUCCAAUCAUCAUCAAUGGAAAAGAUGUCCUGACGAAGACUGUCUUCCCGAAGAUUGGGCCCAUUGAGAACAAAGAGAUUUGGACCGCAUCGGCUGCUUCUGAGAAGGAUGCUGUCGCUGCCGCCGACGCAGCGCAGGCUGCAUUUCCAUCAUGGUCCAAAACGAAGCCAUCGCAUCGUCGCGACAUCUUCUUGCGCGCCGCCGAAGUCAUGGAGAGGCGACGUGCUGAGCUUGGCGAGUAUAUGCGUCAAGAGGUGGGAGCAAACCAGCGUUACCAGGACUUUGUCCUGGGUCUGACAAUUGAGGGCCUGAAAGACACUGCGGGAAAGAUUGCGGAUGCAUGCACGGGCACUGUCCCUGAUUCCAUUCACGAUGGCAUGCGGGCAAUUGUGUACAAACGUCCAUACGGUGUCAUUCUUGGCAUUGCACCCUGGAAUGCAGCAUAUCACCUUGGUCUUCGCUCCGUGACCUUUGCCCUUGCGGCGGGCAAUACGACCGUGCUGAAAGGAUCAGAACUCAUCCCCAAGUGCUACUGGGCCAUGGUCGACAUUUUUCGCGAAGCUGGACUGCCCGACGGUUGCCUUAACCUGGUUCUCCACCGUCCCGAGGACGCUUCCGUCGUUACUAACGCACUUAUUGCUCACCCAGCGGUCAAAAAGAUCAACUUUACGGGAAGCAGCCGCGUAGGCAGUAUCAUCUCUGCAGAGGCAGGUCGUCACUUGAAGCCGGUGCUUAUGGAGCUCGGUGGCAAAUCGAAUGCCCUGGUUCUGGCUGAUGCAGACAUGGAAAAGGCUGCGAGGCAUUGCGCUGUUGGAGCUUUCUUAAAUGCCGGUCAGAUUUGCAUGUCCACGGAACGCAUCUUGGUUCAUUCUUCCAUCGCAAAGCAGUUCGAGAUCGCUUUCAAGUAUACAGUGAAUGAGAUGUUUGGUUCAGUAGAAGACACCCCCAUGCUUAUCAACGCCCACUCGGUUAGCCGCAACCGAGACUUCGUCGAAGAUGCCUUAUCGAAGGGAGCCAGCACGCUGGAGGUAUGCGAGCCGGGGUCUGACAGGGAUGAUGUCGCUACUCGUAUGCGGCCAGUUGUUCUCAUCAAUGUGAACCCGACGAUGGAGCUCUACGGCGGGGAGUCAUUUGGACCCAGCGUCUCCAUCUACACAUUUGAGACAGAAGACGAGUUGAUUGAGCUUGCUAAUGACACAGAUUACGGACUUGCUGCCUCGAUCUAUUCUGAAAAUCUUCGAGUGGCGUUUCAAAUUGCAGACAGGCUCGAGUCCGGCGCUGUGCAUAUCAACUCAAUGACAGUUCAUGACGAAUUUGCUCUGCCGCAUGGAGGUGUUAAAAAGAGCGGAUUCGGAAGGUUUAAUGGAACGAAGGGCAUCGAAGAAUUUCUCUACUGCAAAUCGGUGACCUGGAUGGAUUAG